GGCGCUGCGUUGCCGUUUGCCGUUGACGGUGUCGUUUGCCCGUUUUCGAUGUCGUUGUUCAAUGGCUAAAAACUCGGGUGUUUGGUGCGCCCAGAGCAUGUGAAAAAUUGACGACGUUUGCGCCAGAUAACAUAUACGUUGCGAAUUUAUUUAUAACAAAUUCACGAAAAUUAACCGAGGUAAAUGUGCAGCGCAAUGCGUGCGAAAAAGUAACAAAAUAAAUGCCAUAUUCUUAUAUAUAUGCGUAUACAUAUAUAUAUAGCAAUAUAUGUGUUUGUGUGGAAAAAAAAAUUAUUCGUGCGGUUUUCUCUAUGCAUACGUGUGUGCCUGUGUGUGUGUGUACGUGUCUGUGUGUGUGUGGCUCUAUGUGGGUGUGUGUGCGUGCCAGCCAAAGAUAAUGCGAAAAAGAAUAUAUUGCAUUAAGCUGUAAAGUUGCCAUAAAAUGCAAUCGAAAUGAAAAGGGAAAUUAAAGAAAAAAAAAAAGAAGAAAAAUUGCGUCGCGAUUUUUUUUUUCUCGCUCCUUCUCCCACCGCUUCUCGCCACCGUUUCGCUUGCUCUCUCGCUCGCUCUCUCGCAUUAAAGUGGAAAAAUUUCUAAACGUGUUUGUGUGCGUGUGUUCUAAUUUUUUGUUGUUUAAUACAUUUUAACAAAAAAGUCAAUAAAGCAAAAGUCGCACACACACGCACGCACGCACGCACACACAUACACGCAACACCAAAAGCAACGAAUAAAAAAAAUGAAAUGCGAAAAAAAAAACAAUUUUUUUGGGCCCGACAACGCCCUGUGCUAAAAAGAAAUAAAAAUGAAAAUAAAAUGAAAUAUCAAAUUAUAAAAUAAUCGUUAUUUGCUUGAUAGAAAGAGAAAUAUAUACAUAAAUAUAUGAAAUGCAUAUGUGGCAUACAAAGUAAACAAUUUUUUUUUUAUAGUUACGUUACUGAAAAUGCGCAAGAAAAUUGAUAGAAAUCCAGCUAUCGCGUUAUUUGUGCCGCUUUUCCAAGGAAAAGCAAAUGAAAUGCAAAAAUAUGCAAUUGCAUAUUAAUAAAUUAAAGAAAAGUUAAGGGAGAAAAACUGAUUUUAAUGGAUUUUCACGGAUUUUCCCAUCGCGGAUUUAGCCAACAUUCUACGUCCAUCGGGUCGAAAUGGACGGACGGGACGGAUUGGAUGGAUGAUAAAAUAGAAGUAAACUUCUUUUGUUUUUGCCCCCUAUUUUUUUUCGGUGUGUGUCGUCUUGUGCUAAAGAGAGAGAUAGAGCGAGCUGUGAGCGAGCAAGAUGGCAAGCGAGCUGGAAAAAAAAGAAGUGUGCAAAGCUGUUAAUUAAUGGAAAAAUUCGUUUCGUUUUCGUUGUCGUGUUUUUUGGCUCGGUUCGUUUGGAGGAUUAACAAAAAAUGAAUAAUCAUAUUAUAAAAUCCAAGCUUAUUUUUUAUAUAUAUGCCAUACACACGCACACAUCUACAUAUAUCGGAAUUGCCGAGAUUUACUUUUUUAAAAGUGUUAAAUUGCCGAAUGCCAAACACAAUCAUAUUUUUUUCGCAUUUUUGUUGUAUGAUUUGCCCAAAGUGAAGUGUAUGCAAAUAACAAAUAAAACAAAAUAAAAAUAUAUAAUACAAAAAAAAUGAAAUUAAAUAAAAAAAAAUGUUGCAAAAUGAUGAAAUGAUAAAUAAAUGAAAUGGAAAAUAAUAUUUAGUGCCAACAUAUUUUUUCUUACAGAGCGCAGUGUGUGUGUAAAUAUAUAAGAUAAAAAAGAAUAAAGCAAGAGAAAAAAGAAAAAUCUCUACAUAUAUAUCCAAUCAAUUGAUUUACAGUGCAAAGAAAAAGUGCAGCCAAAAUAAAUAUAUAUAAUAUAUAAAUGAAAAAUAGAAUGCAAUCGCAUUAAGGCAACUGUUGCAGUUGCCCAGUUGCAGCAACAACAGCAACUUACACAAAGUUAAGUUAGUUAAACUUUAAGAGAAAAGUUAUCAAAUUACACAAAUUGCAGAAAUUACAGAAAAAAAAAAGUGCUAACUUUAAAGCGAAAUUUUUUUGUGGGGCACUUCCGAGAGAAUGUCGCAGUGCAAUAAUGUUGCAACUGUCGGCAGCAGCAACAAAAGUAAUAAUAACAAAUACAACAACUGCAGCAACACAUUAACAACAACCACAAGCAAAUCAAUCAAUUCUGCGGCCAACAACAAGUGUUUAAGCCAAAAGAGUUCGGCAUGAAAUGGAAGCAGCUAUACGCUCCACUUCAGUGCAGGUCGGUGCUCCGCCGCCCACAAACAACAACAACAACAACAACAGCAGUAACAGCAGCAGCAGCAGCAACAACAACACUAGCAACACUAAUAACAACAACAAUAGCAGCAGCAGCAGCAGCCACAACAGCAGCAGCAGCAACAACAACACACCAAACGGUGCGCAGCAGCAGCAGCAGCAACAACACCAUCAGCAGCAGCAGCAUCAUCAGCAGCAACGUGUUGUUGCCAGCAGCAACCAGCAACAACAGCAACAGCUGCAGCAGCAGCAGCAACAACAUCAGCAGCAGCAGCAGCAGCAUGAUAAUGGACCAACGUCCCAUCAUUUGCAUCAAUCAUCUAUCAGCAUUUCUAAUCAGCAAAAUAAAGCGACGCAACAGCAACAACAGCAGCAGCAGCAACACCAAAAGCAGCAACAACAACAGCAACAGGCUUCCAACAUGUCCGCGUAUCAGCAACGCCUGCCAUCAAAUGCAGCAUCCAUUCACAGCCCCCACUGGUCGUACAGGGCCCUCGAGCUGCCGCAGUAUGCCAAGCAGGUGGCGCACCUUCAGCAGCAGCAGCAGCAGCAACAGCAGCAGCAGCAACAGGACCAACGCACCAACCUGCAUCCGCAAAUCCAUCACCACCACCAACAGCAGCAGCAGCAACAGCAGCAACAGCAACAGCAGCAGCAGCAACAGAAACAGCAGCAACAGCAUAUGCAACAGCAGCAGCAGCAGCAGCAGCAACCUUUGUCACCACCUCGUCCUGGAAACUCUGGUAGCGGCAACAGCGGCGGCAGCGGCAGCAACAACAGCAGCAGUGCGGCAGCAGCAGCAGCAGCUGCAGCGGCGGCGUCCGUUAAUCCCGGUUACUCGCCAUCAUCCGCAGCAGCAGCAGCAGCAGCAGCAGCGGCGGCGGCCGUCAACUCCGGCUACCCGCCACCACCCCCGCAGCAUCGUUUCAUUCAAAACACGGGCUACAGCAUUGCACCGGCGCCCAACUACCGCGAUAAUCCCUACUCGCGUCACACCCAAAUUCAGCAGCAGCAGCAGCAACAGCAGCAGCAACAGCAGCAACAACAGCAGCAGGCUGCAGCGUCGAUGCCGGAGUAUCAGAGGGCAGCAGCUCGAGCGGCUGUGGCGGCUGUUUCGGCGGGCAAGGGCAACGUUAGUGGCCAAAGUUCCAACACCAGCGGCAGCAGCAGCAGCAGCAGCGGCAGCGGCAGCGGCAGCAGUGGAGGUGGAGGAGCAAGUGCCGGCGGAUCAGCUCCACCCGGCGGCGGUGUCGUCCAGGUAUCGCAGUCCGGCGGUGUGCUGGUCAUGGAGGCCAUGCCCCACUAUGCCAGUCAACCAAAUAGUAAUCCCUCCCAGCAACAGCAGCAGCAGCAAGGCGGCAAUCCCAGUGGCGCAGGUGGAACAUCUGCUGCUGGCGGCGGCGGAGGAGGAGGAGGAGGCGGCGGUGGCAGCGUAAUGGUCGGGAGUCUGGGGCGCAUCCUGAUGCCCCAUCCGCAGGCGCUGCAAUACACCAGCGAGUACCUGACCAAUGCCACAGCGGCCGUUGCUGCGGCGAUGGUCAACCAGCGACAGCAUUUGCAGCUCCAGCAGCAACAGCAGCAGCAGCAGCAACAUCCGCAACAGCAGCAGCAACAUCCGCCCGAGCCAUUUGGCGGCCAGCAGCCGUACAAGAAGCAGCGGCUUAGCGACGCCGAUGCCAUCAGCCGGCAGAGCCACAAUGAUGUGUGCCGACAAAGGGGCACCAUGCCCAUGGGCAUGCAGCUCAAGGUGGAGACGCUGUCACAGCAGCAGCAACAGCAGCAACAGCAGCAGCAGCAGCAGCAGCAACAGCAGCGACAACAGCACCUGCAGCAGAUGUAUGGCACACAAACGCAGGGCCGCAAUCAGCCAGCGGUGAGCAGCAUGUCCUCCGUGGUUAGCCAACCGGUGGGCACUGUCGUCACCAGCAGCGUCUCCACGGCGGGCACAACCAGCAGUAGCAGCAGCAGUGGUAGUAGCCAUGUUGCCACCGGACCGGCAUCGGGAUCGGGAACGGGCAACACGGCAGCCGCCAGCACGGAGGCGUACCAUCCCCAGGUGGAGGCCAUUUCGCCGACGCUGCCCAGCGAUAGUUCGAUGGAGGAGCGGGGUAGGACCAGCGCCAAGGAGGAGCUACUCAUGCAGAUACAGAAGGUGGACAAUGAGAUCAAGUCCGCGGAGACGACAAUGGAGACGCUGCGCAAAAAGGAGAAAUCGCUCAUGGAGGUGGCUGCAUUGGCCAAGGAGCAGAGAUCCGCCAAGGAGUUGAGCGAGAACAACAACGAUGAUCUGGAUGAACAGGAUGAGCAGCAGGUGGUGGAGCUAACGUGGCGCAGUCAAAUGCUGGCGGAGAAGAUCUAUGCGGCCAAUCGGAAGACGGCCCAAGCGCAACAUUCCAUGCUGCACAAUGCAGCGGCCGAUGAAUCCUCGCCAGCUUCCAUGGCCGGUCGUCCCUGGUUGCCGCUGUACAAUCAGCCACUGGAUGUGGAGGCCCUCACCAUGCUGAUACGCCAGCAUCAGAGCCAAAUACGUGCGCCACUGCUGUUGCACAUCCGCAAACUGAAAGCGGAGCGAUGGCUGCACAAUCAGGGUCUGGUGGAGAAGUACACCAAGGAGCAGGCGGAUUGGCAGCGACGCUGCGAGCGCAUGGAGGCCAGUGCGAAGCGGAAAGCACGCGAGGCCAAGAAUCGCGAGUUCUUCGAGAAGGUGUUCACGGAGUUGCGCAAGCAGCGCGAGGAUAAGGAGCGUUUCAAUCGCGUCGGUUCGCGCAUUAAAUCCGAAGCGGAUCUCGAGGAGAUCAUGGAUGGGCUGCAGGAGCAGGCGCUCGAGGAUAAGAAGAUGCGCUCGUAUGCGGUCAUACCGCCACUAAUGCACGAUGCCCGCCAGCGGCGAUGUGCCUAUCACAACGAAAAUGGACUUAUCGACGACAUGGUCGCUGUGCAUCAGCAGCGUAAGGCACUGAACAUGUGGACCGCCGGCGAGAAGGAGACGUUCAAGGAGAAGUAUUUGCAGCAUCCGAAGAACUUUGGCGCCAUUGCCGCCAGUUUGGAUCGGAAAUCGCCGCAGGAUUGCGUACGCUACUACUACCUCAGCAAGAAGACCGAGAACUACAAGCAGCUGCUACGCAAAUCCCGCCAGCGAACGCGCAGCUCCCGCAAUCCAGCCAAGGCGCAGGCCGCACAGCCGCAGUGCAUCAUCGAUUCGAUGACCACCGGCGUAAUGACGCGCCUGCAGCGCGAGCAGCAGCAAAAGUCCGGCGGUCGCUCAUCCGCCGUUGCCGAGCGUGAGCGUGCCGAGCGUGCUGCCGAGCGGGAACGGGUGGCGGAGAAGGCGGCUGCGGAUGCUGCCAAGGCGGCCGAAAGUGCCGCCGAGAAGGCAAGCGCCGCUAGCAAGGCUGUCGAGGCAACGGCGGCCAGUGAAAAGGUGGCCAAAGCGGCGGCGGCAGCAGCAGCAACCACAACCGCAACAGCCGCAUCAUCAUCAUCAGCAGCAGCAGCAGCAGCAGCAGCAGCAGCAGUAACAUCAUCAUCAACAGCGAGCUCGACAGGAGCAGCGGAUAAAACGAAUGAUGCCGGCAAGACGGCGAGCGCCAGCAGCGAUAAGAAUGCGGCAACAGCUGGCGGAGCAACAGCAGCAGCCACAGGAGGAGUAGCAACCUCAGCAGCAGCAGCAGCAGCUGCAGCAAGCACACCUGCAACAGCAACAGCUACGGCAACAGCUACGGCAACAGCACCACCAGAGAUCUCAGCGGGCGGCGGCGGCGGCGGCGAGGCGAAGAGCAAAACCGCCGAGGAGGAGGCAGCGGCCACAGCCGGAGCAGCAACCGUUGCCACUGCCGGCACACCGGCAACCGGAGCAAGUGCCGCCAGCGCUGGUGACAAUGCGACAACGGCAACGGGCGCCACAGCAACGGCAGCGGCCAAGGGUGUGGGCAAACCGGAAACAGCGACCGAGCCAGCGGGCACGGCGGCAAAGGGAGCGGACUCGCGGAUCGCCGAAGCCAACGAUACGCUGGCCAAAACUGCGGCGACCAAGGCCGUCGUCAAUGCCGAUGGCUAUAAUGCCAGCAGCAAUGCGACAGCGGCGCAGGGCGUCACCUUGAAUGGCUUCAAGCCAGGCUAUCAAACUGUGGUCAUUGCCAAUGUGAAGGCGUCCGCCGGUGGCGAUGAUGCUGCAGCAGCAGCAGCAGCAGCGGCGAAUGCGGCGGCAAUUGGCGAUAAGAUCGUGAAGACAACGCCCUCAGCCAGGACGGCAAAUUCAACAGCUGCAACGGCGGCGACGGCGAGUGAGAGUGGUGCUGGUGUGAACACCUAUGGACACACGGCCACCACGGCGGGCAACUAUCUCGGCCAGAAGCUGAAGGCUGCCCAAGUCGAGGGACUGGGCGCCGGCAAUGAAUUGCACUCAGAUGUUAGUGAAUCCAAGAGGAAGCGCUUCGAACUGAAUGCCGGUGAGGCAGCUGGAAAUGCAACGGCAGCGAUGACCAAUAGCAGCAGUGGCAGCAGUGGCAUCAGCAAUAGUCACGGCCCAAUGUCAAAGGCCAAUGCCAAGGAUCAAGGAUCGAUGGCCAAGACAUCGCUGACAUCCACGUCGUCCGCUUCAGUUGUGGUCACAUCCACGCCAACCGCAGCAUCCUCAUCAUCAUCCUCAUCAUCAUCGUCGUCUGCAUCAUCCGCCUCCUCAAUGCUGCUGAUCAGCGCCGCAUCCAUUAUGUCGACGGCAUCGGGCGCCAAGUCCUCGUCCGCAUCCGCGUCCACAUCCGCGUCCUCAUCCACGGCGACAACAACGGCCACAGCAUCGGCGAUCUCGUUGCCGCUCCUAUCGGAUGGCAAUGGCAAUUUGAUGGUCAAUGCAAUCGAGAUUCGCGCCCUCGAUGGCGACGACAAACUGGCCAGCUGCUUUGUGUGCAAGGCGGAGGCGUGUCCACGCACACGCCCACUGAAGAAGGGGCGUGGCCAGCAGUACGGCAUUCCGGACGAGACGAUUCCGGCGGGCGCACGUGUCUGCAACAGCUGCCAAUGCAAAUCGGUGCGCAGCCGCUAUCCCAACUGUCCGCUGCCCACGUGCCCCAAUCCCAAGGAUCGGGCACAGCGCCUGCGGAACAUUCCCUCCCGUCUCUUCGAACUGGCGCCCGAGCUGCGCGAUCCCCUGAUAGCCGAGUUCCAAAUACCGCCCCACGCCACCCGCUGCUGCUCCGCCUGCCUCAUGCGCAUCCGCCGCAAGCUGGAUCCGCAGCUGAAUCUCAACGAUGGCUCCAGUGGCGGCGCCGGCAGCGGCAGUGGCGGCGACGAGACGGAUGUCAGCACCUCGUCCUGUGAUGAACGCGAGCCGGGCGGUUCCGACACCGCUUCCGUGGACAGUCCCGAGAAUCUGCAGCGCCACAAGUCCCUCACGUUGGUCAAACAGCAGCAGCAGCAGCAACAGCAACAGCAGCAGCAACAGCAGCAGCAUCAACAGCAGCUAUCGCAGCCACAACCACCGCCAGCACCGCAGCAGAAGGGCGGCUCAUCAUCGAGUGGUGGGCGUGGUGGAGAUCAGGGUGCGCCACUGAUUAUCACACCCACACGAAUGGGCAGCAAGGCGGGAUCGGGAUCGGGAUCGGGUUCGGGUUCGGGAUCAGCGGGCGACAAUGAUCGCCUGCUGCCACCCGCCGCUGGCCAGGCGCCCAAGAAGCAGAAGACCAGCGAGGAGUACGAUUCCUCGGCCACCGAAACGGCGGAUGAGGAGAACGAGAACUCGCCGGCCAAUCGCCAGAGUCCCAAGGUUCUAUUCCACGGCCAUGGACACGGACAUGGCGGCGGUCAUGCCAAUAAUGUGGCCGGCCUACAGCCGCCGGUGGGCAAUAUGGUGGCUGGUGGUGCUGGUGGUGCUGGUGGUGUCCAAGCGGGUGGAGCACCAGGCCAACAGGUGAACGGACCAAUGGCCAUGCGGCGCGAGGCUGUCAACAAUGUGCAGGAUUGCGUAUUCUCGGUGAUUGAGCGCUCGCUGAAGCACAAGGGGCCGCAACCCAAGGGCGGCCAGGGUCAGCAGCAGGGUCAGGGACAAGGACAAGGACAGGGUCAAGGACAAGCACAGGGACAAGGACAGGGACAGGGCCAGGCUCAAGGACAAAGCCAGUCGCCAUCCCAGCAGCAGCAGCAGCAGCAGCAGCAGCAAUCUGCCAACAAUCUGGAACGCAAGGAGCUGACCAUUGUAAGGGAAUACCGCCAGGAUCCGGGCAUUCUGAAGCAGCAGCAGCAGGUGGGCGGAGUACCGCCCACCUCGGGCGCUGGCAGUCUGCCGCAUGGCACCUCCGUGCAGAAGCUACCAUCCCGACCGGCUGCAGUGGCACCACCGCCACCGGCUCAUCCACUGACGCCCACCAGCACAGGAAGUGGCAGCAACAAUGGAACCAGCGAUAGUCUGGCCACCUUGUCGGUGGUGAACACGCACAUGGGCGUGGUGGCGCAGCUGGGUCAUCCGGCGCUAAUGGCGCAUGCCAGUUCCGCUGGCGGUGUCGGUGUCGGUGUGGACAAGGCAACCAUAACGCCGGUGGUCAAGGGCGCCAGUGGAUCAUCGAAGAGCGGCGGUACGUCCAGUCACUCACACACGCCCACGCCGCCGGAUACCAUCAUCUACAAUGUGCCAGCGGCGCAUCCGCAACGCGGCAUUCCACCGCCGCCGUCACAGCACUCGGUGCAUCCAGCGCAUCCAGCGCAUCCAGCGCAUCCAGCGCAUCCAACGCAUCCUGCCCAUCCGUCGCAUACACAGCAUCCGGCCCAUCCGCAGCAUCCGUCGCAUGGCCAGCAUCCGCAGCUGCAAGUGCCGGAACCGGAGCCGCAAACCCUCGACUUGAGCAUCAAGAAGCCGCCGCGCGAUGGCCACUCACCGCACACGGGUGCCGGUGGCUCGGGCUCCGGCUCCGGCUCGAUUGGAGCAUCGUCCUCCGCCGCAGAACGACAUCAUGGCCCCCCGCCGCCGACCAUGUCGAUGAAGCACAUUGUACGCUCGGGCGGCAUGUAUCGCGGCGACACCGUCACCGUUCCAUCGCUGGCCGCGCCCAGUUCGUAUCUGUAUCCCACACCGCCGCACGGCGUGCUCAAGGCCACCGGCGGCGUUGGCGUGGUGCCCGGCGUGCUGCCCGGUGUGCCCGGCAGCGCACUGUAUCUGCAACCAGUCCCAGUGCCCGUGCCCAUUUCCAUUUCCGGGCAGGGCCAACUGCCGCCGAGAGCUGGACAACCGCCGCCGGCACAGCCGCCAUCCGGCGGCAGGGGUGUGGCCAAGGCGCCGCCCAAGCUGAGUCCCCAGCAGGCUCACCACCUUCAUCCCAGUCACGGCCACUCGCCGUCGCAGCAACAACAGCAGCAGCAGCAGCAACAACAGGCGGCUGCAGCAGCAGCAGCAGCAGCACAACAACAGCAAUUGCUGGUGAAGAGCGGCUCGAUCACGCAUGGAACACCGGCGAACAGUGCCCAGCAGCAGAUAAUCGUGCAUGCACCAGCGACUGGAGCGUCGGCACCCUCCUCCCUGCUGAGUCCCAAGUUCGAGGGUCUGGUCAGGCAAACGACACCGGAGGGCGUGGGUUCGGUUGGAGGACCUGGUGGCCCGGGUGGUCCGGGUGGACCAGGUGGCAAGCAUGGUUCGAUAACGCAGGGCACACCGCUGCACAUGCCGCCGCAUCAUUUGGAAACGAAGCGGCCAUACGAGAGCUACUACAAGAGCACCCAGCGUCACAGUCCCGCCCAGCAACCGGGUGGCAAUCAGCAACUGGCGCCACCGCCGCAGCAAUCCUCGCCACAGGCGCCACCGCCCCAGGGCUAUGGUGUGGGCGUGAGCUCGCCCUACGCACGCUCGCCAUUCGGCGGGGUGGUGGAGCAGCCCCAGGUGCUGAGCACGCGCCAAAUCGUGAUGCACGACUACAUCACCUCGCAGCAGAUGCAGGGACAGCAGCAGCAACAACAGCAGCAACAGCAACAGCAGCAGCAACAGCAGCAACAGCGCAACAUGUCGCGCGGCAGCAGUGCCAGCGGCGGUGGAGGCGGCGGUGGCUCCGACAAGGAGUCGCCCUCGCCGCGCAACAGUGUGGGCAGUGCCAGUGGCUUUGCCUAUGGCGGCGACAAGGAAUCGGCGCCACGUGGCCGACCGGAGUACUCCAGUCGUGCAUCGCCCGCCGAUCAUGCGAAUAGCACACCGAGUCCGCAUCGCACGCCGCCGCCGCAGCGGCAAGGCGUCAUCCAGAGGCACAACACGGGCUCCAAGCCACCAUCACCGGCUGCUCCGCCGCCGAGCAGGAUGCACAUGCCGCCGUAUCAAUAUGCUCCAAGUGGUCACGAUGCAUUGGCCUCGUUUGUGGACGUGGCCGUGCAGCAGCCGCAAUUGCCGGUGCCGUCGCAAAAGGAUGACAAAUCGCCGGGUGCCGCAACGGCGCCGGGACAAGUGCCCGGACCCGGUGCUGGUCCACCACUUGGACCCUCAUCACUGCCGCCACACGCUGUGGUCGGCGUUGCGCAGCCACCGCCGCCGACCGCACACCACGAUCAGCGGUAUCGCGAUCUAACGCUGCACCAUCAUCAUCAUACCCUCGUGCAGCAGCAGAUUGCGCAGCAGCAGCAUUACCGCAGCCUCAAUGUGGCCGCCCAGGUCGAUAUGCAGCGGCACAUGGAUCAGGCGAAGCGUGUGCUGCGCCACCACCAGCAGCAGCACCAGGCGCAGCAGCAGCACAACCAUGCCCUCGAGCGUGACCGAGAGAUUCAGGAGCGGAUGCGCGAACGGGAUCGUGAGCGGGAAAGAGAGCGCGAGCGUGAGCGUGACCGCGAGCAGCGGGAACGGGAGCGGGAACGUGAACGCGAGCGGGAACGAGAGCGCGAGCGACGUGAACAGGAUCGAGAGCGGCGUGUGGUGGCCGAGGAACGGGAGCGCGAUAGUCGACGCAUGGAGCGCAUGUUUGCCGGCAAUGUGGUCGCCGCAUCAGGUGGCGCCGGCGGCGGUGGACCACCGCCUGGCCAAUUUCUGCGUGCCUCGGUGCCGGAGACUGGGCCACCGCGCUCCAUACCAGAUCGCGAACGGGAGUACUAUCGCCAGGCACAUGGCGGUCCACCUCCAGAGGAUGCGCCCGGGCAACUGAGCGCCCAGAGUCUGAUCGACGCCAUCAUCAAGCAUGAGAUCAAUCGCUCCAACGAUGCCACCGCAGUUCCGAAUCGCGAAUUUCCGCGCCCAUCCUUCGUGCACGCCCCAUUGCCACCGCGUGGUUCCGGUUCGGGUGGCGGCACCGGCACUCGAUCCUCGCCAGCCAAUGUGCUCCAUCCGAUGUACCUGCGCGAUCUGCGCCAGCCGCUCGAGGGCGGAGCGGGCUCACUGCUAACGGCGGAGAACAAUGGCAAGCCCAGCUCGUCGGGAUCGCCCAGUGUGAUUAACAUUGAUUUGGAUCAGGAGCGCAUUUCAGCGGCAGCCGCAGCAGUUGCCCAACAGCAGCAGCAGCAGCAGCAGCAGCAAGCGCCGCCACCAUCGCAAUCGUCGCAGUCCAGAUCCGUGCACGGUCAACUGAGGACACCGACCUCGCAGGCCGGCGGAUCAGCGCCCAGUCCGCAGCAGAUCCACACAAAGAGCAUAACCUUUGGGGAGCUAACCGAUUCGAUUAUAACCAAUGACUACGGCACCAAUCCUCAUCUGCGGCCCACGCCACCGUUUAUGACCUAUCUGCAGGAGACGCAGUCCAUCCUGCCGCCGGAUCGCUGGAAGCAGAACCGUCGCAUGCAACAGAAGGCCGAGGAGGCCAAGCACCAUUCCCAGCAGCAGCAGCAGCAACAACAUCAGCAGCAGCAGCAGCAGCAUCACGCCCAGCAGCAGCAGCAGCAGCAACACCAUGCCCCGCAACAUCAUCCGCAGAUGCCGGGCAGUGGCUCCAGCUCGGCACCAGGUGGUGCAGCUGGCCAGGGCGGUGCAUCGGGCGUUCCGGGCAGCGGAGGAGGGGGUGGCGCCGGCAGAGCCAGCACGCCUGGCGAGGAUGGACGCAACAUUAUCCGUAUGCCCCAGGCGGUAAGUCCGCGUAAAUUCAACCACGAGUUGAUGCUGCACCAUGUGAUGGGCACGGCGGGAGCGGGCGGUGAAGCUGGCCAGUUCUUCCUGCCCAGCCGUGUCGUGCUGCCCGAGCAGAGGGGCACGCCCAGCGGCGGCGGUGGCGGAGCACCUGGCGCCGGUGGACCUGGUGGACCCGGCGGCGGUGCCACCACCAUUGACAACUAUGUGAAGACCCGCAUCGCUGAGGUGAUGCGCGACGAUAUUGGCUAUGGCAAGAACCGCACCGUGGAGGUGCGCACCGAUGACGAAGUAACCGCCGAUAUGGUUGCCCAUUCGCAUGCCGCCGUCCAUGCUGCACAUGUGGCGCACGCGGCCCAUGUCGCCCAUGCCGCUGCCCUGGAGCUGCAGCACAGAAGCAAGGAGCAGCAGCAGCAGCAGCCGCCGCCGCCGCCAGAGAUCAGUGUGUCACGCAAGACGCCCAACCAGUACGAGGUGGUAGAUGCCAGUGGACGGCGCUCAGCUGGCAGUGGUUCCGUGUCGGUCUCCGUUUCGGGUGCCAAUAGCCACCACUCGCCGUAUCAUCCACCGGCGGCGGCAUACGCACCCAGCACCUACUUCCCCUACAGCGCACUGAAUGUGCCCAGCGCUGCCGGCGGAUUGCCGCCGCACCAGCCGUUGCAGCUGGCCCACCAGGCGGUGGCGCCACCCGGUGCCUUUGCCAAGGCCAAGGCGGCGCAUGCCCUAAGUGAACUGGGCGCAGUCGGUGGCGGCGGCGUGUCCUUGGUGGUGGGCGGCGGCUCUGGCGGCAUUGCUGGCGGACCAGGUGGUGUCUCCGUCGGCGGCGGCGGUGGUGGUGGACCCGGCGGUGGUGGACCCGGUGGUGGUGGCGGACCAGGUGGCGGUGGCGGCGGCGGCGGUGGUGGUGGCGUUCACAAUUCCAGUUCAUCGCAAGCAUCUGCUGCGGUAGCCGCUGCCGUUGCAGCGGCGGCCAGUGAAUCGAAGCCGCUGCUGUUGUCCAAGUACGAUGCCCUCAGCGACGAAGAUUAGUUGUGACUGCCGGCGUCGUCAUCGGCGUCGGCGUCGCACCUGCGGCCAGCAACAAUAGCAGUAGCAGCAGCACUACCGCCCGGCAGCAGCACGAGCGUGGUAUACGGCUAUCCUGGCUACCGGCGACACUCCCAGCAUCAACAGCAACAACAGCAACAACAGCAACAACAACAACAGCAGCAGCAACAGCAGCAGCAACAGCAGCCACCGCAUCCGCAUCUUGUCCAGCAGCAGCAGCAACAGUCGCCACAUCGCCAGCAGCAGCAGCAGCUCUACCAGGCCACUGUGCUGCCACCUCCAUUGCAGUCCCAGCAGCAGCAACUCCAGCAGCAGCAGCAGCAGCAACUCCACCAGCAGCAGAGGAGCCUCUACUAUGCCAGCGAGCAUUAUCCUGGAGGCAACGGAGGCAGCUCUGCUGGCGGCAAUCCGGGCUACUAUUGAAAGCAACAGCAGCAACAGCAGCAGCAACAGCAGCAGCAGCAGCAGCAUAUGUAGAUUACCACUAAGCAUGAGAUAAUAGAUUUCCACCUUGAGUUGCGGAACGAGAUGCGUGAGCUAGGCAAACGACAUGUGUAAAAAUGAAUUAAGAGAUAAGAAAAAGGCUUUAACAACAACAAGAAGAAUUAAAUUAAGAGAGGGCAAAUGAUAGGCAGGCAGUCGAGAGGUCAGCAAAUCAGCAGAGAUGUGGAGCAGAUUUGGAGAGGAGGCAAAGUGGGGAGCAGACGGCUAGCAGACUUGACAACUUCUAGAUAUUAGUUUUGUCCAAUGAGAAUUAUUUUUUAGACAAUUUCCAUUUCCAAAAAGUGCAAAUAAACGAAUGUGUGUGCAGGAGAA